UCUGUGACGCGAUCCAGUGUCUGUGAUUCGGCUGAAGAGAGAAAAACUGGUGAUUUAACUGAAAAGAUGGCAUUAAUCAAAGAGGAGAGUGAAGAUGUGAAGAUUGAAGAAACAUUCAGAGUCAAACAUGAAGAUACUGAGGAACAAACAGACCUGAUGGUGCUGAAAGAAGAGGUUCAAGAUCUGAAUGAGAUGGAAGAGAAAGAUCUGCAUGAAAAACAUCAUGUUUUCAUAACUAGAGAAAAAUCUUGUAGUUUUUCACAGACUGAACAUACAUUCUCUCAAAAAAGAGCUCAGAAGUCUAGAUCUAGAACCUGCCAACAAUGUGGAAAGAGUCUGAACAAAAAGGACAGCAUUAUAGCUCAUAUGAGAAUUCACACUGGAGAGAAGCCUUACUCCUGCCAACAGUGUGGAAAGAGUUUCCCACAAAAAUAUAAUCUUAGGAUUCACAUGAGAAUUCACACUGGAGAGAAGCCUUACACAUGCCAACAGUGUGGAAAGAGUUUCUCACGAAAAGAAGGUCUUAUGAUUCACAUGAGAAUUCACACUGGAGAAAAGCCAUUUGUGUGUGGUCAGUGUGGAAAGAGUUUCCCUCAUAAAACAACUUUGCAUGCUCACAUAAGGCUUCACACUGGAGAGAAGCCUUACAGCUGCCCACUGUGUGGAAAAACUAUGAACCACAAAGGACAUCUUAGAACUCACAUCAGAGUUCACACUGGAGAGAGGCCUUUCACAUGUGAUCAGUGUGGAAAAUGUUUUGUACGCAAGGAAGGCCUAACUAGGCACAUGGAGAUUCAUUCAAGAGAGAGCAGUUUUAUAUGCCCUCAGUGUGGAAGUACAUUCACAGACAGGAAACUCUUUAAGCGCCACGUAAAAACUCACAUCGUACAUGAGCCUUUAAAGUGUCAUCACUGUGGAAAGACUUUCACAAAAAAAGCACGCCUCAAGACUCAUGAGAAUUCACACUGGACAGAAACCUUUAACGUGAACAAUGUGGAAUGAGUUUCAGAUAGAAAACAACCCUUUAUAUACCCACAGAGAGGCCUUUUCAUGUAACUUCAGUGUGGGUUUCAUAUUUCAAAUAGAUCUGAAUAGUUAUUUGUGAAUUUUUCUGGCAAGAAAUUCAUUGUGGCAAGAGGUUUAGAAAAUGGAGCAGUUUCAAAGUUCACCUGUUAACUGGAGAAAGUAGGGUACCUGUAGGACUGUUAUUCGGUUGUUCGGUUGACGUAAGAAGCGCUGUUUCCGGGUCCAAGCCUCAACUCGCUUCACUUGAGAAUACUACCCCAGCAGCCGUUUAUGAGCACUGUUUAUUCAUAUUAAUCAUUUAAGAUAAACGCUUUCAAACUUACGGUAUACACUACAGUCUCCGUGCUCACAGCGUCCCAAACACAAAUAAUUUUUAUAUAUAUUUUUUACAUUUAUAUUUUCAUUGUCUGGCUAUCUGGGAAUUCAGUAUGGAGUUAAAGGUUAAGAUUAUAACUUUUUCGCUAGUAUUCUCUAUCGCAUUGUGAGUUUAUAUUAGCACCUUUUGUUGUUUUCUCGUGGUAACUGAUAUAGAGCGUUUUGACACGGAAGCGCUGCUACGUGACGUCAGACUUAACAAGCGAAUAGCAUUAAAUUCACUUUAAAAAAUUUAGUUCAUAAAUGUCCAAAUUAUUAUAAAUGGUAAGGGAAAGCAUUAACCUUUUGCCUGGGUUUUAAAUAUUUAUAGCUCAAACAGAUGAGAUACUUGAAAAGGCAAACCUGUUUUUGAUGUCAAUAUGAUUUAUGACCCCUCCACCUCAUAGCCCAUUCACUACCACCCACAUCAUGUUGACCCUGUGACCUGUUAAUGAUGAAAAUCAGUGAAAUGUGAAAAUCAGCAUAUGUGGAAUUCUGAUGUCGACCUGUGACUUUUGAUUAUCUUCUGGUAUACAAUAUGAAGACUGGUUGUUGAACUCUGUCCUGGUGUCAGGAUAUAAAUGAAGUUUUAAUCGUCUGUUUUGAACUCUUACGGUGCCUUCACACCAGAUGUGACUUGCGCGAAUACAUUGCGCUGUUUGUGCAUAAUUGAACUUUGAGUAAAUUAGCUUCAUUCACGCAUGAAAUUAACUUCAUAAUAGACGCGAAUGUCACGCAGCAUUGUGAUUUCAGACACCAUUUAUUCUGAUAAUUUUCUAAAUAUUACUGUUAUUGUGUCAUGAAAUGUAGUUUUAGAAGUAUUUCAGGCGAGAAUGUAGCUGUUUAAAACACAAAUCUGCAGUUUAUUAAUAAAUACAGCACCUAUGUAAAAAUGUGUUCAUCUCCAUCAAAUCCAUUCAAAUGGUCAUCUCCAUGUGAUCAGCGGGAGCUCAGAGCUCAUGUAUCCGCCUAGAGCACUCUCAACUCGGCUAGUCCUUUGACAUUUGCCACUGGCUCUGGUGUCUCUUUUGUGGUUAAACAUGAAAUAUAAUUUGUUUUGGGUAAAUUUAA